AUGAAGGGAUUCAAUGUCGCAUCCAGCGCGUUCGCUCGUUCGCUGUCUACACCUUGGACUUGUAGCCGAUGUUCGUUGCAGAUACGAGGCGGCGUGAAGCAAUCCAGAGGAUAUUCCACGAAAACGGGGUACACAUAUCCAGAUUCUGCCAGGCCGAAAAGGAAGCGGAGGGUAAUUGCAAUCACUGCGACUGUUGGCGUCCUCGGAGCUACUGCCCUGGCUUUCGGGGAUGAGGUGAAGCAUGCGUACAAGGCUGCGGAAAGGACGGGGAGAGUAGCCAGCACUUUGGCUGUGUGUAUUAAUGAUUAUCGAGUUACCUUGAGCCAGAACGAGAAGACCGAGGACGAAACGGAGAGGGAUACAACGCUGAAGGCUUGUCAUCAGAGAUGUGCGGAUAGAACCUUAAAGGUUUUGGAGAAGAAUGGAAGCAUAUUCAUCAAACUUGGCCAGCACUUGAGUGCCAUGAAUUACCUGCUUCCUGUCGAGUGGACGACGACAUUCAUACCAUUACAAGACAAAUGCCCUGUAUCUUCGAUCGAAUCGAUAGAAGCACUGUUCGUACAAGACACGGCCGAACAACUAUCGGACUAUUUCUCGGAGUUUGCCCCUCUGCCUAUAGGUGCAGCUUCAUUAGCUCAGGUACAUCUCGCCACAGUGAAGGAAAGCGGGCAAAAGGUCGCCGUAAAGGUUCAACAUCCUACUCUGGCUGAAUGGGCAGGAUUGGAUAUAGCUUUGACAAAGUUCACGUUCUCUACAUUGAAGCGAUUCUUCCCCGAAUACGAUCUAGAAUGGCUCUCAUCAGAAAUGGAGGAAUCAUUGCCUCAGGAAUUGGAUUUCGUUCUUGAGGGCCAAAAUGCUCUCAGGGCUAAGGAGUACUUCUCGCACAUCCCUGAAUUACCCCUCGUCAUCCCCGACGUCUUGUGGGCAAAGAAACGGAUUUUGGUCAUGGAAAACGUAUCCGGGCACCGCCCAGAUGACCUCGAAUACCUCGACUCAAACGGUAUCGAUCGAGACGAAGUCUCCGCAGCCCUUGCACGGAUUUUUAACGAGAUGAUCUUCGGCACGAAUGCCCCAUUACACUGCGAUCCCCAUGGUGGGAAUCUUGCAAUCCGCAAGAAUCCCCGUCGAAGAGGCGCUAACUUCGACGUAAUCCUCUACGACCACGGUCUCUACCGCGACAUACCACUCUCCCUCCGGCGCUCGUAUGCCAAACUCUGGCUAGCUGUCAUCGACGCCGACGAGACUCGCAUGCGCAAGUACGCCAAAGAAGUAGCCGGAAUCAACGACCAACAGUUCCCCCUCUUCGCAUCCGCCAUCACGGGACGCGAUUACAGCGUCGUCAAAUCAUCCGUAUCAAUCGAGCGGACAGUAGAAGAAAAGAAGCACCUCAACCAAGCCUUGGAAGAGGGCAUGCUCCAACAACUCGUACAGCUCCUUGGCCAAGUUCCCCGAAUCAUCCUCCUUAUCCUUAAAACCAACGACUUGACAAGAAGUCUUGAUGAGAAUUUACACACGAGACAGGGACCUGUGAGGACAUUCCUCAUCCUUGCACGGUAUUGCUCGAGGACUGUAUUUGAGGAGCAAGUUGAGGAGUUACGCAAGAGAGGCAGUUUAUUGAAGCCGAGCAAUCUGAUGGGGCUUGUCGGGGCUUGGUUGGGGUAUUUCAGGAUUGAGCUCAAGUUGGAGGCUUUUGAAUUGUGGUUGAGCAUUAAGAGGGCUGUGAAUAUGGCUUCUACCUGA